AUCAAAAUUACGAAUACCUUUUCUUUUUUCCUGCUCCUAAAAUUAUCGUCUGGCUCGAAGGCGGCCGCUUGCGAGAUUCCGCUGCCGGAGAUCCCUUUCUCUAUCACAAAACUAUUUCUCAUUUUAGUCUACCUCCUUCACUUUGUGGCAAACAAAAAAGAAAAAAAAAACAAUAGAGGAAGAAGGAAGAAAUUGAAAAACAAUGGCACAACAAGCAGUGCAGAAGAACACGUUGUACGUGGGAGGGCUAGCGGAGGAAGUGAAUGAAGCAAUCCUCCAUGCGGCUUUCAUCCCUUUUGGAGACAUAAAGGACGUCAAGACCCCAUUAGAUCAGGCCACUCAGAAGCACCGCUCCUUUGGCUUCGUUACCUUCUUGGAGAAAGAGGACGCCGCUGCUGCCAUGGACAACAUGGAUGGGGCUGAGCUCUAUGGUCGCGUUCUUACGGUCAAUUACGCCCUCCCUGAGCGGAUCAAGGGUGGUGAGCAGGGCUGGGCCGCUCAACCUAUUUGGGCAGAUGCGGACACAUGGUUUGAGCGGCAACAACAAGAAGAAGAAAUGCAGCGGAUUCAGGCAGAGAACCAGGCCGCAAUGCGUGCCGCCGAGGAAUUGCAUAGGAAGAAAUUGGCGGAGGAACGACAAGGGGAGAAAGAGGAAGAAACAGAGAUGAAGGAUGAUCCGAUGGCGAGAGCUGAAGCCCAAGUUUUGAAUCAGAGUUAGCUAUUCAAUGGAGCAAUCAAAUACUGAAAAAACUCUAGGUCUGUCUUCUAUGUUAACCAAUCUUUUUCUUCCUUUUGCAAACUGCUUUCGGCUGUAGCUGCGACAAAUAGGGUCACAGCAUUAAUUUAAAACCUUUC